AUCAUCUUCUUCAUCAUCGCCUUCCCCCCCAAUGACAAUGGCCGCAGCGGCUCCUCAAACGAGCGAUGCGAUGCAUGCUGCGCCCCUGGCAGAGCCGCUGCAGGUCCGCGACAGGGAUUAAUUCCCCCCACCCGUGACAGCAACAACAACAACGACGACGACGACAACGAUGACUACGACCAUGACAUCGCUGCUGUUGGGCGGUCCUCCACCCAUUCCAGUGCUUGGCUGGCUGGCUGCCGCCGCAUCUUGGCUCGGUGGCGGGGGCCCAGCCAGCAAAGGGCAAAACCGGGGUGGUCGGGUGCGUCGUGGUCCUCCCGGACAAUGGCUCCAAUGUAUUAGUCUUGAUGCAUACAAAGAGUGAAUCACUGCCCAAAGGAUGGACGGGUAGGGGGGCCCCUUGUUUGUCUCGCCUCGUCUGUUUGCCGCGCGCUCUUCGCCAUCCAUUGUUCGGAGCCGCCUCACUUGGUGCAAACGCGGGUGACGAACAUAUCUCGCCCGCGUGCCGCCGCCACCCAUCAUCCUCCGCGACGCCUCUAUCUUCUCCUACUUCUCCUCGCUCAAAAACCCACACAUAUCAAGACAGGGAAAGAUUUACAGCUCCUGUUUUUCUUUUCUUUUCUUCUUCCUCUUCUUUAAUAUAUCUCGACGGGAUUCGACAGAGACACAGCGAAGCGAUCCGCGAUGCAGCAAAUCGCACGGUUUCUCGUGCUCGCGCCGCUGGUGCUCGCACUCGUCAGCUUCGUGCUGACGUCCCUCACCCUCUUUGCCGGUCAGAAGAAGGGUUUCAUGGAGGACUAUGCCGUCGUCAGGUUGAACACGUCCAUGGUCGGGCACAACGUCCUCAACAAGUCCGAUAAAUCCAAGGGCGGCGACGACGGCGUGCUCGGCAGCGUCAAAGGCUGGAUCGACGACAAAAAGGACGCCGCCAAGGACAAGAUCAACGACGUCACGGGCAACGUCGCCGACAAGCUGGCCGGCAAGCUGGGCAUCUCGGAGUGGUACUCGCUGCACAUCAUGGACUCGUGCGAUGGCAGCUUCUCGCCCAGCCCCACGGCCGAGGACGUGACGCUCACCGUGACCAACUGCAGCAGCGCGUCUCCUGCUCACCGCCUCAACCUCACCGACAUGCUCAACCACGGGCUCGGCGUCGGCCCGCUCAAGCUCAACCUCGCCGACAUCGACUGGCCCGACGGCGUGCAGGACAAGCUCGACGUGCUCAACGACGCGCUGCUCGGGCUCUUCGUCCUCUACGCCCUGGCCAUGGGCUUCAGCGGGCUCGCCAUGUUCGCCAACACCGCCGCCCUCGUCCUGCCGCCGCAGGGGCCGCCGCCGUUUUCCUACCGCCCGCCCGUCGUGCUCGCCAACCUUGUGCUCGGCGCGCUGGGCGCCCUCUCGUGCCUCAUCGGGAGCAUCGUCGUCUCCGUCGCGGGCCGCAAGGGCGUGCGCGAGAUCAACGACAAGGGCGCCCGCGUCGGCCUGUCCGCCGAGCGCGGCACCAAGUUCUACGUCCUGACGUGGAUUUCCACGGGCUUCAUGAUGGGCGUCGCCGUGUUCUGGCUGGCCCAGUUCAUGGCCCUGCGGCGCAAGAAGGCGGCUGCGGUGCAGCAGAGCGAGAAGGGCAUGGACUGAUGACCUCGUUUGGUUACGCCCGAGAGUUGUGAAAAAGGCACAUGUCAUAUCGCGAGUGGCAUGCAAGUGUUGGAGCGGCACUGCUUUGGCGUUGGACCCUGUUGUUCACUUUUCGGCGGCAUUUUUGUGUUGCGGGUGCGCCUCAUACGACACGAUACCUCUUGAUGCUGGUUUCCCGCAUCUGCUCCCUCUACUCCAUCUAGAAACCUGCACCCGGGCAUCUGGAAUGUCCGAGGCAGUCUACUUAAUACAAAAUAAUCCCAAG